AUGACCCGCACCGACCCACCGGACCUGCUCGUGUCGACCGUGUACCAGGACAUCAAGGUGGCGGCCCCGGGGCCCGUGUCGAGGCCCCCGCCAUGUGAGCGCCCCAUGGCCCGGCCUGCGGCGCCCGCGCCUUUCAACAAGCGCCACUGUCGAAGCUUCGAUUUCCUGGAGGCGCUGGACGGGGCGACCAUGGAGGCCCGCCCGGAGGCGCCGCCCCCGGAGCCCGCCGCGCCGCGCGCCCGAUCCCGCGAAGGCGAGACCCGGCGCCGCGCCCGCUCCAAGAGCGCCCCCCGCGCGCCCCCGAGCCUGGCGCCCGCGCCCGCCUCACCACCCGUGCUGCCGCGCCGAGGCCGAGAAGCUCAGCGAGCGGCGCGGGCCGAAGCGUCGCCCCGCCGGGAGCCCGCGUACCCCGCGCUGCGCGCGCUCGCCAACGAGCUGCACCCCAUCAAGCUACAGCCGCAGCGGGGCGGCCCCGGCCGCAUGGCGCCCCUCUGCGCUGCGGCCAACCGCUGCGCGCCAGUCGAGCCACCCGCGGGGCCCGCCCCCCACGUCCGCUGCCGCCUGGACAUCAAGCCCGACGAAGCGGUGCUGCAGCACGCCGCCCGGAGCUCGCGGCCCUGCGGGCCCCCCGAGACCGCGCCCUGGCCCCGCGCCGCCCCGCAGUUCCACGGCCUCACGGUGCCCGGGCCUCGCCACGGGGCCCUCUCGCGCACCCCCACCCCCAGUGAGUCGUACUGCACCGACCCCCGGGCGCUGUACUGCGACGGGCUGCUCCCCGGGCCCCGGGACUACGCCGAGCGCCGGAGUGUGCCCUUCACCACCCCGCCGGGGCCCACCCAGUUCUUCUACACGGAGGAACCCGAGGGCCACCCUGGGGGCUUCAUGGCCAGCCCAGGGCCGCCCUUCGACGGCUACUAUCCCAGGCCCUUUCUGCCCGAAGAGCCCCCGGGGCCCAGUCCAAGACGGGGGAGCGGCUACUACGCGGGGGAAGUUCGCACCUUCCCGGUCCAGGAACCUCCCUCCCGCUCCUACUACGGGGAAGCCCCCGGCGCCUACGGCCCGCUCUGCGGCCCACGUUAUGCCCCCGAGGAGCCUCGAGCCCGCCCCGCCACCCGCGCGUUUUACACUGAGGACUUUGGGCGGUACCGCAAUCGAGAAGCCCUGACGCGGACUUAUCCACACCCGCGAGGCAGCCCAGCCUGGGGCGACUGGGGGCCGCGGCCUUACCGCACGCUGCAGGUGGCGCCCCCGCCGGACCCCGGCCCGCUGCUUGCCUCCUGGCACGGAGGCACGGGCACCAGUCCACCCCGGCUAGCGACGGACAGCCGCCACUACUCGCGCUCCUGGGACAACAUCCUGGCACCAGGGCCGCGCCGCGAAGACCCCUUGGGCCGUGGCCGUAGCUACGAGAACCUCCUGGGCCACGAGGCGCGGGAGCCGCGGGGCACGUCCCCUGAAGGCCGGCGCCCGCCCGUCGUCGUGAACCUGUCCACCUCGCCCCGACGCUACGCGGCGCUGUCCUUGUCCGAGACGUCGCUGUCCGAGAAGGGCCGUGUGGGGGAGGGCCCCGGCCGAAACUGGUACGUCACACCGGAGAUCACCAUCACCGACAACGACCUGCGCGCCGCCGAGCGCCCGGCCGCCAGGAGCUGGGAAAUGCCGGGGAGCCGCCCCCGCCAGUCUCAGUCUGCCGCCCCCGACGGCCCCGCCUCUGGCCGCCAGCGCAGCCUCGAACAGCUGGACGAGCUCAUCACUGACCUGGUCAUCGACUCGCGGUCCCCAGCCGGCCAGGCGCUCGAGCCCGCGUCCGACGGCCUGGGCCGCCAGCUGCGGCGCCUGCUGGCCUCGCGGCCCUCGGGACCCGGGGGCCCGGCGCCGGCUCCACGCUCGCCACCUGCGUCUGCCGGUAGCGCCGAGGAGCCCGCGGGCCAGGGGCCGGCGACCGACGCCUCCCCUGAGCCCAGCGCCGACGAGGACGACCUGAUGACGUGCUCCAACGCGCGCUGCGGGCGCACGGAGACCAUGUUCAACGCCUGCCUCUACUUCAAGUCCUGCCACAGCUGCUACACCUACUACUGCUCGCGCUUGUGCCGCCGCGAGGACUGGGACGCGCACAAGGCGCGCUGCGUGUACGGCCGCGUGGGCAGCGUGUGCCGCCACGUGCUGCAGUUCUGCCGCGAUAGCGGCCCGGUGCACCGCGCCUUCUCGCGCAUCGCGCGAGUCGGCUUCUUGUCCCGCGGCCGCGGGGUGCUCUUCCUGGGCUUCCCGAGCCCCGGCUCCGCAGACAACUUCCUGCGCUUCGGCCUCGAGGGGCUGCUGCUGUCGCCCACCUACCUGUCGCUGCGCGAGCUGGCCACGCACGCGGCCCCACUGGGCAGCUAUGCUCGGGAGCUGGCGGCCGCUGGGCGCCUCUACGAACCAGCCGAGUGCUUCCUGCUUAGUGUGUCGGUGGCUGUGGGCCCCGGGGCCACCCCGCCCGGCGCCCCUGCCAGGCCAGCGCCCGCGCCUCGCAGCCCGGGACCCACGGUGCGCAAGUUCGCCAAAGUGGCUCUGGCGGCCGGCAGCCCAGCAAGGCCGCCCCCCGCGCGGGGCCGCGAACCCGACAUGGAGACAUUGAUCCUGACGCCGCCGCCCGGCACCGCGGGCCUAGACCAGGACGGCGAGGCGGGCCGGCGAGCACGCGAGGUGGCCUUCAUUCACAUUCAGCGAGAGCUGCGGCUGCGCGGCGUCUUCCUGCGCCACGAGUUCCCGCGCGUCUACGAGCAGCUCUGCGAGUUUGUCGAAGCCAACCGGCGCUUCACGCCCACCACCAUCUACCCCACGGACCGGCGCACCGGCCGCCCCUUCAUGUGCAUGAUCAUGGCUGCGUCCGAGCCGCGCGCGCUCGACUGGGUGGCCAGUGCGAACCUCUUGGAUGACAUCAUGUGA